GUCGCGGCGGUGACGUCAGCGCCUGGCCCCCUUCCGGCGCGGGGAGCGUCAGGACCAGGGCCGCCGGGCUGCAGGCCGCCUGCGGCGCUGCGGGAUGUAGCGCGGCGUCCGCGGCCCCAGCUCAGCCCGUCGCCGGCGUGUCUGCCGUCACAGGGAGAUCUCUGCCUCCUGGGGCCGAGACACCCAGCCCGCCCCCAAGCUGAAGCUGCAGGGCAUUGAGGUACCAGCUAAAUGUCUGCUCACAAAGGACCGGCGGUGGCACAGGGCAAUGGGGCUCCUGCCAGUAACAGGGAGACCGACACGGUGGAGCUGGCUGAACUGGGGCCCCUGCUGGAGGAGAAGGGUGCCUGCGGCAUCACUGACCCAGCCAAAGCUGAAGAAGAGCAAGCAUGCCCAGCGCCCCAGGAGGAGGAGGAGGAGGUGAGGGUCCUGACCCUCCCGCUGCAGGCCCACCAUGCCAUGGAGAAGAUGGAGGAGUUCGUGUACAAGGUCUGGGAGGGACGCUGGAGGGUCAUCCCGUAUGACGUGCUCCCUGACUGGCUGAAAGACAACGACUACCUGCUCCACGGCCACCGCCCGCCCAUGCCCUCCUUCCGGGCCUGCUUCCGGAGCAUCUUCCGCAUCCACACAGAGACCGGCAACAUCUGGACCCAUCUGCUCGGGUUUGUGCUGUUCCUGUUUCUGGGGAUCCUGACGAUGCUGAGACCAAACAUGUACUUCAUGGCCCCGCUGCAGGAGAAGGUGGUGUUCGGCAUGUUCUUCCUGGGCGCCGUGCUCUGCCUCAGCUUCUCCUGGCUCUUUCACACCGUCUACUGUCACUCCGAGAAAGUCUCUCGGACUUUUUCCAAACUGGAUUAUUCAGGGAUUGCCCUACUGAUUAUGGGGAGCUUUGUCCCCUGGCUCUAUUACUCCUUCUACUGCUCCCCACAGCCACGGCUCAUCUACCUCUCCAUCAUCUGUGUCCUGGGCAUCUCCGCCAUCAUUGUGGCACAGUGGGACCGGUUUGCCACGCCUAAACACCGGCAGACAAGAGCAGGGGUGUUCCUGGGCCUCGGUCUGAGCGGCGUCGUGCCCACCAUGCACUUCACCAUCGCCGAGGGCUUUGUCAAGGCCACCACCGUGGGCCAGAUGGGCUGGUUCUUCCUCAUGGCUGUGAUGUACAUCACCGGGGCCGGCCUCUACGCGGCUCGGAUUCCUGAGCGCUUCUUUCCCGGGAAGUUCGACAUAUGGUUCCAGUCGCAUCAGAUUUUUCACGUCCUGGUGGUGGCAGCAGCCUUCGUCCACUUCUACGGGGUCUCCAACCUUCAGGAAUUCCGCUACGGCUUGGAGGGCGGCUGUACUGAUGACUCUCUUCUCUGAGCCUCCCCGCAAGGCUGGAGGGGACCUUCCCAAGUGCUUUCAAAAAUAACUUCCUUGCUGAAGUGAAAGGAAGCGUCUGAGUUGUCUGUUUCUAGAAGAAACCUCUUAGAGAAUUCAGUGCCAGCCAGGCUUCAGCCCAUCUUCCCACCUCAGGGCGGGGGAAAGCUUUCCAUGCCCCUCGCGAGGAGGGGUGAUCCACUGGCCAUGCCUCCUCAGCAAGGCAGCUCUGUCCCCUCAGCACAGAGCGCUUUGAAGCUCACGUUGAGAUUUUAUCCCUCCUCCAACCAUUUUGGGGAAAAAUGAUGGACUGGGACUCUUCAGAAAUUUUUUCUGGAAGAAAACGUCCCUCCCUUACCCCCGUCCUUACUUUGUAACGUGGCUUAGAACAGGCCAUCCAUUUUGUAGCACACUUUUCAGAAAUGAUUGUAACUGGUCCCUCUGGGGCCUGGAUCUGCUGACGGCAGGAAGAAGUCACCGACUUCGAGGCAGCAGCUAAUCAUGGGAGUGUGUCCAGGCUUCAGAUAACUUGAGUUUCAAUUUUUUUCUUGGCAGAGUAAUGUAAAAUGGGGAGAGAUAUUUAAUAUUUAAUACUAAGCUUUAAAAAGAAAUCUGCUAUCAUUGCUGUGUAUCCUGAUGCAGAGGCUACGAUGAUAAUAAAAGGAAGUGCAGAAGACAAUUAGCAUUCAAAU